AAACAUAUUAUGCUUUACUAUUGAUGUGUUUAUUGAGUCUGGUGUUGAGUCAGCGUGUCCACGAUCUGUGCGCUUGUCUUCCGGCGCGCGGAUAUGACGUCAGGUGGCAGAUGAAUUUGGCGCGCGCGGAGUCGAGCAGCUGAGCGGUGCGGGAGAGGAACAUGGCCACUGCGAUGUACCUGGAACAUUACCUGGACAGUAUCGAAGGUCUUCCAUUCGAGCUGCAGAGGAACUUCUCCCUGAUGACUGACCUGGACAGCAGGACUGAAGAGAAGAAAGUGGAAAUUGAUGAUCUGGCGUCUGAGUACAUGAAGAACGUGAGGAACCUGUCUCCUGAUGAACGUGUGCAGCACCUGAAGAGGAUUGAACUGGCGUACAGCAAGUGUAAAGAGUUCAGCGACGACAAAGUGCAGCUCGCCAUGCAGAUAUACGAACUGGUGGAUAAACACACGCGUCUGGACGCUGAUCUUGCACGCUUCGAGAACGAGUUGAAAGACAAGCUGGACUCCAGCGAGAGCUCAGACGAGAAGAAGAUCAAAAAGAAGAAGAACAUGAAGGACAAAAGAGGGGGAAAUGGGAGAGAGAAGAACACUUCUGAUCAUGAUUCUCCCAAACACAAAGCGCAGAAAAACAGUGAUGUUCUGCUGGAUGUUCACUCGUCUGAUGUUCUGGACAUGCCUGUAGACCCCAACGAGCCCACCUACUGUCUGUGUGCUCAGGUGUCAUACGGAGAGAUGAUCGGCUGUGACAACGCUGACUGUCCCAUUGAGUGGUUUCACUUCGCUUGUGUCGGUCUCACGACUAAACCCAAAGGGAAAUGGUUUUGUCCUCGCUGUACACAGGACAUGAAGAAGAAAUGAGGCGCAUGUCCUCCUUCCUGCACUUUGCUCAGAGCUCUGUAUACAACACUGAGAUGUUUCAGCAGUGACUCCACACACACACACACACACACACACACACACAUGGUCAUGGUGUGUGUUUGAUGCAGAAUGUGCACUGUCCUGUUUGAACAGGAACCCAGCUUUUCUUUUUAAGUGUGUAUUUUGUGAAAUAAAGUUUCUUUAACGUGA